AUUUAUAUUAUUAAUAUAAUAUUAGUUUUUUGAAAAAAAAUUAGGCCUCAUUUUUUUUAUUCGUCUAAGGCCCCAAAGUUUCUUGAGCCGGCCCUGGUGCUAUAUAGCUCAUGAGGACUACACAUACCUGAUCGAGAUGACGGAACAAAUGUUGAGCGGAAUGGUGAAGGAGCUGACAGGAGGUUAUAAGAUUGGAUAUCAUGCAAAUGGCUUCGAGAAUGAAGCAAUUGAAAUUGACUUCUCUCCCCCUUUCAGGAGGGUUGAUAUGAUUGAAGACUUGGAGAAGAUGGCUGGGCUCGACAUUCCCAAAGACCUUGCUAGUGAUGAAGCCAACAAAUAUUUAGCCGAGGCUUGGGCAAAGUUUGACAUCAAAUGCGCCCCUCCUCUAACAACUGCUCGUUUGUUGGAUAAACUUGUGGGUCACUUUCUGGAGGAGACUUGUGUGAACCCUGCUUUUAUUAUUGAUCAUCCUGAGAUAAUGAGUCCACUAGCAAAGUCGCAUAGAUCCAAGCCAGGCAAGACCGAACGGUUUGAAUUAUUUGUCAACAAGCGUGAACUUUGCAAUGCUUACACGGAGCUGAAUGAUCCCGUGGCGCAGCGACGUCGGUUUGCGGACCAGCUGAAGGAUCGUCAAUCAGGUGAUGAUGAAGCGAUGGCCUUGGAUGAAACAUUCUGCACGGCUCUUGAAUAUGCACUGCCUUCGACAGCUGGGUGGGGCAUGGGAAUCGAUCGGCUUGCAUGUUGCUAACAGAUUCACAGA